AUGGCCUCCCAGCUCCCCCCUUACAAGCAGGAGUUUCUCAAGGCUGCCAUCGCCGGCGGCGUCCUGAAGUUCGGCUCAUUCGAGCUGAAGUCGAAGCGCAUCUCCCCCUACUUCUUCAAUGCCGGCGACUUCUACCGCGCCGACCUCCUCCGCGCCAUCUCCCUCGCGUACGCCCACACCGUCAUCGAGGCGCAUGAGGCCACUGGUCUCGCCUUCGACGUCGUCUUCGGCCCGGCCUACAAGGGUAUCCCCCUCGCGACCUCGACCACUGACAAGCUCGCCGAGCUCGACCCGGCCCGUUACGGCGCCACGUGCUACUCGUUCGACCGCAAGGAGGCCAAGGACCACGGCGAGGGUGGCAACAUUGUCGGCGCCCCGCUCAAGGGGAAGAAGGUGCUGAUCGUUGACGACGUCAUCACCGCCGGUACCGCCAAGCGCGAGGCCAUUGCCAAGAUCCGCAAGGAGGGCGGCGAGGUUGUCGGUAUUGUCGUUGCUCUGGACCGUAUGGAGAAGCUGCCCGCCGCCGACGGCGACGACACCAAGCCCGGCCCCAGCGCCCUGGGCGAGAUCAAGAAGGAGUACGGCAUCCCUAUUUUCGCUAUCUUGACGCUCGACGACAUCAUUGAGGGCGCCAAGAGCUUCGCUUCCGCGGAGGACAUCAAAAGGACGGAGGAGUACCGUGCCAAGUACAAGGCCACCGACUAA